ACCCCACCGUCCCUCUCUCCCUUCGUCUGUAAAGACUCUCUGAAGAAGUUGUCUUGUGCACGUUUGAUGGCUGAGAAGAGCACCCGAUCCCCCUCAGCCCUUUUAGAUAACUUGUAAACUUGCAGAUAAAAUUGACAAAGGGAACACAGAUUUCAGGUCAGCACUGUUCACACUGAGUGAAUACAUUCUGCUGCUGGUAGACUUUGAGGUGUACCACAGGGUGUCUUUCUGGGGCCUUUCAAUCCCACCAGCAAGUUUCUGUGCCAACUUGAAGCCCUCAUGGUGGGGGGAGGGGCUUUGUCGUGAGCUCGCAGUCGCUAUGGAGACACCCACGACCUGAAGUUGUGCGGUCGCAUCAUCAUGGAGACGGCCUUGAGGGAGUAGAAGUCCGAAUCCUUCCAGGAGAACCAGAUGAUUCCGUCCGGCCCGAGCAGGUUCUGAGCCUUCAGAGAGUAGCGACCUCCCUGAGGACAAGCAGACGUCACGUGAGUGUUCUUGUUGUUCACUUUUCACGUCUCAAAUAUUGCAUUUACCUUGUAGUAGACGCCGUUGAGGUUGGCGUAGAAGCACUGGUGGAACCACCAUCCGCUGUGGCUGAUCUCGGCGCAGACAUUGCCCGUGUCUGGCGUGCUGAAGCCUUGCUGGUCGUGGUACCAAGCGAAGGAGUCCUCCACCGUCCCGCUGAAACCAGACACAUGCAGGCGGUACUGGUUCUCCUCAUCCUCGAUCCUGCAAGAUGGACACACCAUCAUCUCACCCUGCUCCCUGUCAAGAUGUUAUGGGCGUGGCGGUGGGCGUGGCUCCAGUCCUGCAUGUCAAUGCGGAGGCUGUAGUGACCUUGGUUGGACAGCAGGUAGAGCUGUUGGUUGCCCAGCCAGUGUUCCCCACGGGGUUCCCCGAAGCCGUCGCGGUACUCGGACCAGGCGCGGUUGAAGCUCAACAAGCCGUCGUGCCGCCUUUGGAGGACCGUCCAACCUCCACCUGGUGCACACGCAGAACCCUCAGAACUUCAUGUAGGCACAUAGAACCCUCAGUAGGAACCUUUGUAGGGUGUAUCGAUGCUGCAUUAAGUAUAAUUCCACCUUCUGUCUCCAUGUCGCAGUAGACUGGCGCGCUUGCACCCGGUGACAGGACGAUGAUGUAAACACCAGAAUGUCGCACACCAUUGAGAUACAAAGACGCACAAUCUGAUGGACACAUGGACACAUGAUGUCUGUCUGCAGGAGACACAGAGACAUACGCUAAUUAACGACAUACUCGUCUCUAUAGUUUUGCUGGUCACAUGGUACCUGGCACCAAAGUGUCACGCAGGCCCAGCGGCCGGCCGGCGUGGGCGUCCUUGGCCGUGCAGCCCGUGCUUGCACUCACGUGGCGAACACCGUCCGACAGGUUGUGGACGUGUGCCUGCAGCUCAUGCAGCAGCUCCGCGUGCACGUGCAGCAGCGCCCUGGCCUCGUUGUGACGCCCCUCCAGCGGGCGCAAACGCUGGUGAAAGGUCCAGUGUGGACGAGCGCUUUCUUCCCUCUGGGAGCCAAACUGACUGCUGUCAUAAUGUGUGGGAUGUGCGAAUGUGGAAGGCGUGAACUUGUCUAAUCCUGUUAGCCCGCAGGGUCACGCGGGGCUUAUCGGGUGUCCGUACAACAAGAUGACGCCACAAACAAAUCUUACCUGCAUCUCCAGGACCUGGACUCGAUGGCGGUGAUUCCUCAGCUCUUCCUGUAGCUCCGACAUGGUCUCCCUCAUCUCCUCCACUUGCUCCUGGCGGUUCUGGUUCUCAUGAAGCCAGAAGGAAACGUCAUCCGAGCAGCGGAACAUGUCGGGACAGCGAUUCUGCGCCUCUCCGACCGGGGGAAGCGUUGUUCUCAGUCUGCAGUGACCGUCAGAACUUUGCUCACCACAGUGCGCCGCCGCACUGGCGCCAGGAUGACCGGGGAGGUCGUGCCCGCUUGUGUCCAGCAAAGCCUCUUGGUGGGGGUCAAUGGGUGUCUCUUCAAGGACACGAGAAGGAUGCCAGUCUGCAUCCUCAUAGUUGUCCUGGUGUAGGUCUGCCCCUUCCACGUCAGCUUCUCUCAGAGUGUUGGGGUGGACGUCCUCAUCGUGUCCAACGUCUGACCAAUCAGAACCAGACGCAAGUCGGACAUGUGGGCCAGUCAGCAGUACCAUGGCCACGAGAAACUCUCUCACCUUCAUCCUCUGAGCUUGACCUUUGAACUGCAUGGAGUGUACAAAAUUCACUUACACACAAAAAAUAUUAGAACAGUAAAUAUGGAAGUGCGCAAAUUGACUUAUGCACUCAAAAUGCUAAAGUGCUAAGUUAAUGUCUGAUGUCAGUGUUUGUAAAUAACGGACGUAAUGAUGUUAUAUUACAUCAUUAAAAAUAUAACAGUAUAAAGACAGAAAUAUACAAUGUAUGUGUCCUGCCUUCAGGUAUACCCUGUAAACUAGUUAUCAUCCAUGUUCUACCUUAUCCUGUUGAAGGGUACCAUGUCAGCUGGAGCCUAGCCCAGCACACUUCGGGCUAGAGGCGGGGUACACCUUAGACUUUACGACAGUCAACCACAGGACACAUAAAGAACCCAUGCUAAACGUACGACUUUAAUGGCCUAAAGUCAUUAUGACUAGUAAGAGUAAUAAUGGUGAUGAAUGACAGUCCUACCUGUGUGUGCACGGAGACGACUGAGGCCGUGUUAGUGUUAGCAUGCGUGCAUUCAUCUCAUCCCAACAAUCCUCUCAGGGGAUUGUCACAUUGGAGCACAUUUAAUGAGAUUAUACGUCGUCCCUGAAUCGCACUAAAUGUUUCCAGCGCUCGCUGUGAUGAAUACGCCAAAGACGAAGGUACACGUGUGGAUGUUUACCACACUUGUUGAGCCCUGAGUCUGGUGUGUGUGUGUGCGUGUGUCAUCAUCAUGUUGUUAGCUUUGCUCUCCUGUCUGGACCUAAUGGAUGGAAUGGAGGUUCAAGGUCUCCCCUAAUGCCCCCUAAUGGCGUUUAGCGUCCUGUUUGCCUUCCAGACGCUCCAUUAGAUGCAGAAAAGUCAAGCGAGACUGUCAAGAAGAGGGAAGUUUCAUUGUGGCCUUGAGCUUUAGUGUGCUUUUAAUGGAAACCACAGAAAAGUUGGCUGAUGUGUUUGUUUUCGUAGUUGACCUUUUGACGCAUCCUCUGUUGUCCACUGCGGCUGAGCAUCCACUGAACACGAAGCAGCGAGACGUUGACAUUUCAUGGAGCGUACGGCCUUCCGAGGUGGCGGCUCGUCUUGCGUGCGAUGUCAAGUCACCCGACCCGGCGUGGUGAUUUGAAGCUUUUUUCUUUCCAGAUAAGUCCUAAUGUUUGUAGAAGAACAAACUUGUGACAUGAUGUUGUCUGGAAUCAGAAAUAUCAGGGGUGCCCGAUAGAUAACCCAGAAUAAUAAAAAAAAAAAACGCUCCAAUGACGCUUGAUUACCCGUACUGCCCAGGUGAGCAAAUCAAGCCCUCCUUUUUUCUCAUGCCUGUGACCUUAGCCUGUUGUAACUUCCCCUAAUUUGUAAACAAUAGUGAUGUGCGAUACCACUGAUAUUGUUUCCCAUUGUUUCCGAUACUGUGCAAAAUUAAGGCUGGCAUCGGCGAUACCGGUACUUUGCAAAUUCACCUCAUUUUAAAAGGUAGGGUAUUUCAUAUCAUAGCAUUAAGAAUACAAGGCAUUUAAUUCAUGAAAUAAACUAUUACUUUAAAUGAACACAUAAUUUAUUUAUUUAGUUUAUACCCUGAAGUACAGUACAGGCCUAAAGUUUGGACACUCUUUCUCAUUCAAUGAGUUUUCUUUAUUUUCAUGACAAUUUACACUGUAGAUUCUCAAAACACGUGGAAUUAUGUACUUAACAAAAACUAUAAAAUAUGGGAAAAUAGUAUGUUAAUCACUAAAAAAUGAAAAUAAGUAAAAUAGUAAAAGCACUCAAAUAAUAGAUUACUUAUUAAGAACUACUUGAAUCACAACUUGAAACUUGAAUCACAAGUCACACAUGGCUGUGUUCACCAUUGGUCAACAUUUCAACAGACAAACGUUACCUCAAAUGACUGAAGUAUCAACAGUUUGAUUCAGGAAUCGAUUUCAGAGCAUGAAGAGCUAGUAUCGCAAGUAUUGAUCACUAGUAAACAAACAUUCACUUUCCGAGUAAGACAUUUUCCGUGUUAGUUGUACCAAAUGCUAUGCGAUGAGGGGAAAAGCACACAAAAAAACCUUAUCAGGCAACUGAAACGCCGGCACCAUGGUGUUUGAAAAAUGCAAAAGGUUUGCCAGAAACCUCGGUUGCGUCACACCGGCUGCUCGGAGCGUGUGCCCGAAUACAGUGCACCUUGCAGGGGUACAGCAGGUGGCUCCUCCCCCUCUAUACUCUGGUUCUCCAGGUAGUAGUGGUGUGGUUGUAGUCAUGUUAUCAUAUUUCAUGAGGACCAAUCAACAAAUCCUCAUUAGUUCCAGUCCUUCUUACCUCCAGGUGUGCACAAACUAGACUUACAUCUACAUUUGUAAAAAGUAGAUAGAAAAAAAGUUAUCGCUACCACAUCGGCCUUGAGAGGCAGAAAGUUAUGGGUAUCGGUUUGAAAAAAAACAAAAGAUAUCGUGCAUCCCUAGUAAAUAUGAUGACUAUUGAAGUUAGCGCAUGUUGAAGACUUAAUUAUCACUGUAUGAAUGAUUGUGAUGGCCCUGAAGAUGUUUGUGUGUGCAGGAUUUUGGCUGACCUUUAAUGGAUUGGAGGCAUCAACAGGAGGUAAUGAUGUCAUUGUGUGUGUGUGUGUGUGUGUGUGUGUGUGUGUGUGUGUGUGUGUCCUUGGAUGGCGGGUAUAUAAAUUGGAUGCGCAUCUUAACAAAAAUCGUCUUCGUCCAGACGCUCCAGCACAAGACCAACAGCGUGGUGAGUCCCUCGCGUGUCUUUUUAUUGGGAUUUUUGACUUGAUUGGCAUUUAUUUAUGGUGGCGAUGCAUCUUUCCUUUACAUUUAUUAUCUUAUUCAACUUUUUCAGCACGUGAUAAGACUUUAUCUUCACUAAAUGUACCUUCACUAAAGCGGGUAGUAUUUGGUUGUUGUUUAAAACUGUUUUCAUAGCUUUUGAAUGUAAAGUCCUGCUUUUCGAUGCUUUUUUUACUCCUGUGUAAAAAAAUUAAUCCGAUCGAUGAUAAACUCAUUCAGAAGACUUAUUGACAUGAUAAAUGUUUGUGAUCACAUCUUCUGUCUUAUGUGUGACGACAGGAGAAUGUGUCCUGCGUGGCCAUUGGCGGUGGCGUUGCUGGUGGGCGUGGCCACGGGAUCUGCCAAUCAGUGCUGGGAGAAUUCCAUUUGUCAGGAGGUCCACUCGGAGAGCAGCGUGAUGGAGUGCAUACAGCUGUGUCGUUCCGACCUCAGCGCCGAGAGGCCGCAGGUCCCAGGUGACGCCCACCUGCAACCGCUCCCUCCUCCCGAGUUUCCACCUCCACUCCCGCUUUCCAAGCGCUCCUACUCCAUGGAGCACUUCCGCUGGGGGAAGCCCGUGGGCCUCAAGCGGCGCCCCAUCAAGGUGUACAUCGCCAACGACGUGGAUGAGGAGUCCAAGCAGGUUUUGAGGAGGCGGGAGCCGGCCGAGGGUGAGGAGCUGGAGGAGGAUGUGGAGCAGCAUCAUCUCCCAGGGGGCGUCUACCAAAAGAAAGACGGCACCUACAAGAUGAGGCACUUCCGCUGGGGCGCCCCACCGGCUGCCAAACGCUACGGUGGCUUCAUGAAAGGCUGGGACGAGCACAGCCAGAGACCGCUGAUCGCGCUCUUCAAAAACGUCAUCAACAAAGAUGGCGAGCAGCACGAGUGACACCAUGAGGCGCUUACUGUGUGUCAAAUUCAAAUUAAAUCUCAUAUU